AUGGGAUGUAACAAACGAGUCAGAAGCGGAUUUAUCAUACAUCAUACUCUUCGAUGCUAUCAACUUAUCAAGUAUCAAUCAAAACACUGAGCUUUUCAUUCAGAAGCUUCAAUUCUUAUUCGCAUUAUUACUCUGCAGCAUUCAUACUCUAGCAUUUGGAUUUUAUCCUCGAGCGCCCAAACAACACAAAGUGCAGUGUGACAGAAAGAGACAGUACGCUGGAGAGCAGAAAUGCCUGGACUCACCGCACCUUCAGAUUAUUCUAAAGAGCCUCCUCGUCACCCUUGUCUAAAAAUUAACUCCAAGGAACCUUUCAAUGCGGAGCCACCACGUUCUGCACUGACAUGCUCAUAUGUCACUCCUUCAGAUUUCUUUUACAAGAGAAACCAUGGCCCAAUUCCCAUAGUUGAAGAUAUUGAAAGAUACUCCGUGAUGAUAUCAGGUUUGGUGGAAAAGCCCAAACAGCUUUUCAUGAAAGAUAUCAGGAUGCUGCCCAAGUAUAAUGUCACUGCCACGUUACAGUGUGCGGGAAAUAGGAGGACCGCCAUGAGCAAGACCAGAACUGUCAAAGGGGUUGGCUGGGAUGUUUCUGCCAUUGGAAAUGCUGUUUGGGGAGGUGCCAAGUUGUCUGAUGUUCUUGAACUGGUUGGAAUACCAAAGUUGACCAGUAAUACUCAAUUUGGUGGAAAACAUGUUGAGUUUGUUAGUGUUGAUAAGUGUAAGGAGGAGAAAGGAGGUCCUUACAAGGCAUCAAUUCCUCUCAGUCAGGCAACAAAUCCUGAAGCAGAUGUUCUACUUGCUUAUGAAAUGAAUGGAGAAACUCUUAACAGGGACCAUGGUUAUCCAUUACGUGUGGUUGUGCCUGGCGUCAUUGGAGCUCGAUCUGUUAAAUGGCUGGAAGAUAUCAAUAUUAUUGAAGAAGAAUGCCAGGGCUUCUUCAUGCAGAAAGACUACAAAAUGUUUCCACCAUCAGUGGAUUGGGAUAAUAUUAAUUGGUCAACCAGGAGGCCCCAAAUGGAUUUCCCUGUUCAGUGUGCUAUAUGUUCUCUAGAAGAUGUGAGCACAAUAAAGCCUGGGAAGGUAAAAAUUAGUGGGUAUGCAGCAUCAGGUGGUGGCAGAGGCAUUGAGAGAGUCGAUGUUUCUGUUGAUGGAGGCAAAACCUGGAUUGAAGCCUCAAGAUGUCAGAAAAGUGGUGUCCAAUACAUAGCGGAUGGCUUCAACAGUGACAAAUGGGCAUGGGUGCUAUUUGAGGUCACAGCUGAUAUUCGUCAGAGCACCGAGAUUGUUGCAAAAGCGAUAGAUUCAGCUGCAAAUAUCCAACCUGAAAAGGUUGAAGACAUUUGGAACUUGAGAGGAAUAUUAAACACUUCAUGGCAUAGGGUGAAAGUUCAAGCCGGUCACUCAAACUUAUAAAAGUAAAAAAAAUAAAUAAAUCUUGUCACUAUGCAGCCUUGUUCUUUUUUUUUUUUUGGGCCUUCCUUCUCUCCCAACUACAAUAAUACUUGAGGCUUCUUACUUCACAGCCAAAACUGAACACAUUUUAGUCAUGAUUGAUAAAGGUCCUUAUGUCUAAGGAGAACGAGUAAUAACUAAAUGCUUACAUUUCUCUAGGAUUGUCAAAAUCUUGGUUUCUUUGAGUAAUUAUACUGUGUUUGGUUCUA